AGAUUCUGCAGAGCUACAUUUGCAAAGGGAGAGCUCCUGGGAACGAAAUCAAAUUAUGAGACGAGCGCGAGAGAGAGAGAGAGAGAGAGAGAGAGAGAGAGAGAGAGAGAGAGACUGGUAAUUACGCAAUUCAAAAUGGCGACCAUCAACAGAGUCUUAGCUUUGAUGCCUUCGAAUUCAAGAACUUUCCUCAAGAUAACGGUGCGUUUUACUUAUUUUCAGGCCAGGUGAAUUGAUAUAUAUGGAUAAUUUUUUCUCUCUUUAUGCUCUUUAUUGAAUUUUCUCCUUGAUUUUUACGCACUUUGCAGCCAGGAGUCUAUGCUUCGUCAUGCAAUUGUUUCCUAUUAAGAAGAUCCUCUAGUUCUCUGUCUGCAGAUAAGAAAUCCCUCAUAGCCGAGGGACCAAGUCUGGGAGAAUUUAUAUCAGGAGAGGUUAUUCCACAGGAAAAUCCCUACAAGAGAAAGAAAGGACAACGGUAUAAUAGUUUAUAGCAAGAGAAGUUACGGAGAAACUUUAGCAUUUUAGAGUACAGCUGCAGGGUUACUUUGGAAGCAGUAUUAUAUCGCUACAGUAAUCAUAUGUCCUUAGUUAAACUUAAAUUGGACUCUUCAGUGACAGACGGACGUUGAGCGCUAUCACAUCGUUUCUUUCAAAGAGAUUCGCCAAAUUAUUCAGUUAAAGCUUUAUCGCGACUCGGCCGUCAUCGUGAUGUUUAUGUAUAAUGUGCAAAGCUAGUGAAACUACUCUGUGUUUUCAGACUCUGUAAACAUUGGCACAUAAAUAAAUAAAUAAGCUUGUUUCGCAGAUCUCAGAAUAUAUGUGGAAGUGAUGGUUGCAAAGUAUAGAGAUAAAGUAAUUCUUGCCCAGAUCACUAGCUUAUCAGUUGUCACGAGGACUCUGUUUUCUUUUCAGACUACGUCUACCACCAUGGCUCAAAAGGGAAAUACCCACUGGUAAAAAUUACCAUAAACUCAAAGAAACACUUAGAGAGCUGAACUUAUCUACUGUGAGUCUAUUCAUUUAAGUACCUGUAGUUGACACAAUUGUUAGUUCUUUAUUUAAUUUUAUCAAUAAUACUAGAAUUGACUUUAGACAUGAUUUUCGAAAACAAAGUUUCUCUGCAUAGUGUCACUCAGUUUGCUAAAAAUUAAUAUCAUAGAUGAUUGGGCUCUUUAAGCCUUGCAAAGAAGAAAAAGAGUAAAUUUUUCAAGAGAAAAAAGAGUUGUUACAUUUUGAAUUUCUAUUGUCAUAAAGGAAACUAACUUUAGAUCAUUUUGUCCUUCAUAGCCACAAAAUAUAUUUUUGUUGACCAAAAUGCUUUGUACUGUAAAUUUGUCAUAAAACCAUUCAAAACCUUUAGUAUGCUCAAAGGCUGGACUCUUUGGUCAAAAUAUUGAACAUCAUAUCAUAUGUUAAGUUGAUCUGUUUAAAGUGGUUUGUUGUUUCGCAUUCAUUUGUAGGUGUGUGAGGAGGCUAAAUGCCCAAAUAUUGGUGAAUGCUGGGGUGGAGGAGAGAGUGAAACAGCUACUGCAACUAUUAUGGUAUAUGCUACUCAAACUGGGAACAAACAAUAGAUUAAAAUUAUAAAUAUUUUAGUGACAUGAAAGAGGCUUGUAAAUUGCCGUUAGUGUUUUUUGGCUAUUUAGAAUAUUCUAAGAUAGCAUGUAACAAACAUAAAUGGUCUAUUGAUGUCUAUAGCAUACACUUUUAUGGUGCACAUACUUUGAUUCAUUUGGAUUUAAGCCACAAAACUUGACAUAGCAAAAUAUAUACUUUAGUUAGAUAGAGCAAACAUUUAUGAAUUGCCACCAGAAGAGUUGAGUUGUACAAUGACACUUCAAAAAAAAAUUUAAGAUACAAUUUGAGUAACACAAACUCCUUUUACAUUGUAUGCCACUGUAUUAUACACAAACUUGAUAGUUGGAUGCCUAGAAAUUCAAAAUGAAUUCAUAACCUUUCAGAUACUUGGUGACCAGUGCACAAGAGGUUGUAGAUUCUGUUCUGUGAAAACCAACAAGAAACCUCCUCCGCCAGAUCCUAUGGAGCCUGCUAAUACAGCAGAGGCAAUCAGUCGCUGGGGUUUAGACUACAUAGUCAUCACCUCUGUAGACCGAGAUGGUAUGUUGAAGUGUAACAGAACCACUGUGGUUAUAUAAGUUUAGGCACAGCCCCCCACAGUAGUAUGGUUAGAGCACAGAACUCCAGAUUAAUAACCCUUUAACUUCCAGAGGUGAUUCACAUGUAACUUCUCCCUAUAAUACCCAUUCACUAUCCAGCAAACUGGUAUUGAGAGUACUCAAUUGUAUCAGGUAGAAGUUGUUAUCUUGAUCUAAAACCAAAUUCUUGCAACUGAUUUACAAGGGAAUGUGUAGCAGCUAGAGGGGAGAAUUAACCAGUAGAUAAAACUUUAUCUGGUUUAUUGUUUUCUGUUCUUUUUCAAGGCUGUAAUGCCUCCCUUUCCCCACUUCCUCUCUCUGCCUUUUAAAGUAUAUGAUUUGUUUGGUAAAUGAAUUUUAUUGCUUCUGUGUUGAUUUAGAUUUGUCAGAUGGUGGAGCUGCCCAUUUUUCAGAGACAGUAACAGAAAUCAAGAAAAGGUAAGAAACAAAUUUUAAACAUUGUUAAAUUUAGCGCGAAUGGGAGAGAGAGCUUUAUUUCAGUAACCCCUAUUCCUUUGACUGCAAGGACUGUCAAGGAAAAUUUGUCUUACCCUCUUUUUGUUGUGUACUGACUUUCUUUGUAGAAAUCCAGGCAUACUUGUAGAAUGCUUGACCGGUGAUUUCCGAGGUGAUCUAAAAGGUGUAGAAGCUGUGGUAAAAUCAGGAUUGGAUGUUUAUGCUCACAAUGUGGAGACAGUGGAUAGACUGCAGUUGUGAGUUAAAGUCAUUAAAUAACAAAUUCAUUUGAUCUUGUUUUCUAAUUGUCCAGCUGAGAGUUUUUUUUUAAGCCACUUUAAAGAGGAGUGUUUUCAAACUGUUGUCUAAGAUAAUGAUUAGUUUUCCAAUUCAAAGUUUGGCAACAGAUCCAUUUCCAUCUGUGCACCCAGCACUUCUGUUUAACCUGCUGAUCAUUUGAGACUGCAGAAGACUUGCCUUUACAAGGGAUAACUUUGAGACUCUCUUAUUUUGCCGUUCUUAAGCUUGUCUGUUAAUUACUUUUAGGUUUUGUUCAAAAUGACAUGCUUUACAUGAGAACUUAAGGAUAACCUACUCUUCAUAAAGCUUAUUAUUACUAAUAACUGAUAAUAAUAAUAACAGUUAUCAUUACCAUUAUUAUUAGUAGUAGUGGUAGUAACAGUACAUCAGUCUGCUCCAUUGUACUCCAUGGAACUCAGAGUUCUUGUUACUGGUGAGUGAAAAUUUUGUUGUUUGGUUAUAGGCUUGUGCGUGACCCAAGAGCAAACUACAAACAGUCCCUUGAGGUACUAAGACAUGUUAAGAGAAUUGAGCCACGCAUGGUGACUAAAAGCUCUUUGAUGCUGGGUCUCGGUGAAACUGAUGAAGAAGUUCUACAAGCCUUGAAAGGUAAAAACUAAGGAGGGUCAGCCACAAUGUACAAUGAGGCUAAUAACAGUUAUAUUGUAACUUUAUCUCUCUGUGCAUAAGGCGAUCCACCUUUCAACUAGGAAAACAGAUUACUUUUUCGGGAUUUGCUAAAACAGUCAUGUCUGCAGCUUUUGUUCGCCUUACAGUUCUAACCCAACUAACGUUUAAGAACCAUGGUAGAGGAUUAAAUAACUUAGUUUUACCUUUAAUUCAUCAGAUCUCCGUGAAGCUAAAGUAGAUUGCGUGACAUUAGGACAGUACAUGCAACCAACGAGGCUUCAUCUAAAGGUAACACCAUGGAUAGAAGUGUAAACGUUUGUAAUAUUGUUAGGCUGUGUAAUAAGGUAUGCAAGCUUCGAAGAGGGAGAGGAUUCAGAAAUGUCACCAGUAAGAGGAAAGAUGAGUUGCGAGAAAUAUCCAGUACGAAGCUCUUAAACUGCCGGUUCGAAGAAAAAUUGCUGAUGUUCAAAUCCCUAAACCUCCCACCCCUCCCUCAGGGAAACAGAGAAGGGAUGGUGACCCCAAACACGUGUAAGGUUGACGCAAAUACGAAGUGUUUUGAAGAAGUUGGAAUACGAGAAGUUGACUUUUGAGAAGUUUACCAACCUUGUUAAAUCUAUACAAGUCGUUUAAUGUCCGCGAAGGCCGUAUUCCUAUGUAUCGCAAAUCAAAAAUCGCGUUUUAAAUUGGUAGUUACGGGUUGCGUUUGUCGUAAGGUCGACUGUCAGAGUUACUCCCUGCCUUGUGGUAUCGUAACACAUCUGUAAUUGCACGCAUGCGUUGCCAAGGACUCACGUAUACCGAUGAGGUGCUUUUGUGCUCUGGUGUUUCUUUGACUAGGGCUGGAGCUGACAUUAUUUUCUUCGUAGGUCACAGAGUACAUCACUCCUGAGAAGUUCAAGCAUUGGGAGUCGGUUGGUAAAGAGCUGGGGUUUGCGUACACUGCCAGUGGACCGCUUGUACGAUCCUCAUACAGAGCAGGUAAAGCACAAAUAAAUAGACAUAGAGGCUAA